UCUCAAGUCGGUCGUCAUUUAACGGGGCCCAGAAAAAGAGCCUCCAAAGCCAGAAUAUCGGAAAACCUGAACCACCACCACGAUUUAAAAUCACAAGAAGAACUGGAACCAUAACGAAAGUCUUGAAGCAAAAUUAAACCCUGAAACAGCAGGCCAAAAACCACAACUAAAAUAUGAUGCGGCAUUAAAACCUGAACAGGAAUCAAGACAAAAAAGGUACGUUCCAAAUGAGAGUCAGACCAAGAAAUAAAACUCAAAUCGAAACCACAGGAACCAAGACUACAACUAAUGGAACCGCAACCGGAAGUAAAACAUGAUUAAAAAGGUGAAGUAGAACCAAAUCGAAACCAGAAGCAAAACUAUUCGACCUAAAUGGAUUAAUUCGCUUCUCAAUGGAUGUACACGUUAUGAUUCAUGCAAAUAAAUGAGAACAAACAUAGCGCAUCCAUUUAUUAUUCAAAAACCUUCCCAAAAUGGGGACACAAGCACCCAAAGAUUUCAGAAAUUAUGGAAGAAUACAUCCAGUGACGUAUUUUCUCGGAAAACAACCCCGGGAUUUCAAAAGUGUGACAUAUUCACUUUUUUUAUUGACGAACACGGAUUGUGCCUGUUCAGAGGGUCUCACGGCGUCGUGGGAUGUUUACACCCGUCGCUAGGCAACGGUUACCUGGCGAGCAGCUGAAAACCAUUCGCACCAAAGCCGACCGAGUGACGUCACUGACCCCGCGCCGCAGAAGCCGUCGAACGGUCGCGCCGCCGGAUCGCAGGACUCUCGACAUCUCCGAAAUGACGGGCGUUCACAUCGACCCGAGCCGGGCCCCGGUCGCCUUCGGGCGGCUGGCCAUCCCGGAGCUGUUCGCCCAGCUGGUGGAGCCCGACGCCGCCAGGAGGCUGCGGGCGCUCGCGUCUCUCUGCGACCUCACGCACGACCCGGAGCGACUUUACCAGGUGGUCAGUGAAGGUUUUCUGGACCAGUUGGAGGUUCUGCUGAAGGAUGGAGAUGCGGCAGUGAGGACCAGAACCUGCGAGCUGCUGCAUCUUGUCACCAGCCACAACAUUGCCAGACAAGCCCUCCUGUCCUCGCCCCUCCUGGCCCGUCUCUCUCAGCUGCUGGACGACCCGUCCCCGCUGUGCAGGACGCGCGCCCACCGCGUGAUGAACAGCCUGGCGCUGCUGCCCGCAGGUGCCAAAGCCUUGCAGGCUCUGGUUCCCAAGCUGAUGCUGAAGCUGCAGGAGGAGCAGGAGGAGAAGGAGGAAGAGGUGCAGGCCCUGCUGCUGUCAACGCUCAGCUGCUGCUCGCGCCUGGACGCCGCCCCGGCGCUGUCCCACCGCGGCGUCACGCUCAUCGGACGCAAGCUGUCGCACGCCUGCUCCAACAUCCGCAGGGAGGCGGCGGGAGCCAUGAUGGCGCUCAGCGUCAUCGUCAUCGCGAUGUCACAGGUGUGCGAGGCGGCAGUCCUUCCCGUUCUGGCGGACCUCCUACGCGACCAGGAUGUGGACGUGCAGGCUAACGCCGCCGGCGCCAUCAUGAACACCGUGGUCAUUACUACAGGGAAGCAUCAAUGUUUGGAGCUGGACGUCCUGCCGGUCCUGCUGGAGCUUCUCUCGCAACGCAAACCGGAUGUCGAAGAGGAGCAGAGGAGGAAGGCGCUGGUCCUCUACUCGCUCAGAGCUCUCACCUCGUUGGCCGAGGCUCCCGAGGGGCGUCGCCGCCUGCUGCUGCAGCUCCCCCUGCUGGUGGGGAGGAGCGAGCCCCCCGAGGAGGAUGCCGACAUUCGGCGCGCCGCUCGGACGGCGGUCAACGUUGUCACCUGGACGCCGUGAUGAAGUUCAGGCUAACCUCCUCCUUCCUCUUCAGUCAAUGAAACACGAGCCACGUGCUAAAAUGCUAAGAUAGCUUCAGUCUUCGAAGCUCAUCUCAGCGUCUGCUGUAUAUAUAGUGUCCUUCAAAUUGCAAGGAGACUCUGUCGACUGCUGAUGCUAAAAGGCUUCGAUCCGUCACCAAGUUGUGACCUUCAUCUCGCCGUGGAAACAUCCUUGAUCUAUGAGGUCACCUGAGGUCAAAAUGCCAACGUAGCUCAAGUCACUAAGCGAGUACUAACACCCGUACAUCCGUACUGUAACAAUACUCAGUCAUACUCAUUCCUAGUUCGCAGAUCCCAUUUGGAACCCAUCUCCACUCGAUUUUCUUUUUGUGCGAUAAAUGUAUGGCUUUGGUGCCAUCUUGUGGCAUGUUGGUACAAAGGAACUCUUGAGUUGUAGCUUGCUUCAUUUCGACCAAAGUAGUGCUCUGUUGUGCCAUACACGGGCGAUGUAACACAUGGAGUGUCGCUCAUGUUGCCAUGGAUAGCGUCUGCCACAGUGACAAAACUUUGGUGAUUGACUGCGGUGAUUCCUUCAAGUAGCAUUUCCGUCAAUGGACUUUGUACGACUGACCUGCCAAGUUCAAUGGAAAUACAUUAAGGUCAGCGCACUCAUUCAAUUAUAUCUGUCCUGCCUAAUUUCCAUCAGUAAAACCAAAUUAAAAAAUCCACAAACAGGUGAAAUGGA